AUGCUGCCCGCCGCCCUCCGGAGGUGGCUGCACCGGCCCAAGCGCUCCGACCCCCGGCUGCUCUCGCAGUUCUUCUUUGCCGACGAGCGGGUGACGCGGGUGGUGGCCGAGAUCAACGGGCUGGACGCCGAGCUGGACCCGCAGCAGUACCUGGUGCUCCUCAACCAGCUCCACCUCAGCCAGGCUCACCUGCUGGCCGUCAUCGAGCGCAUCAUGGAGGAGUGCAUCCCCACGCAGCGGCACAGCCGCGACUACCUGGUCAAGUUCCCCGAAGAGCUCUUGGUGGACAACCUGGGAACCACAUGCUGUUCGCUGCCGAGGCAGACUCCUGGGGGCCGGCUCCUGACCCCGCCUCGGUCCCGGCAGUGUCUCCUGGCGGGGACCUUCAUCGAGGUGGAGGAGGCGGAGGGGGCGCAGCUGCGGCCGCGGGCCAGGAACCUGCUGUGCAGCCUGGAGCUGGUGCGGACGGUGCUGCGGGAGCAGAGCCUGAGCCAGCCCGGCACCUACCCCGAGCCCGUGCGGGCUGCGCUCAUCCAGUUCGACCGACUCUUCGCGGAGUUCGAGCUCAGCUACGUGUCCUCGCUGGUGGCGGUGAAGUCCCCCGAGGAGAUCUACAGGCAGCAGGAGAUCAUCGUGCUCUUCUGCGAGACGGUGGAGAGAGCCCUGCGCUCGGGCUACCUGACCCAGGAGAUGAUCGACGGCUACGAGCCGCUGCUGAUGUUCACCAUCCCGCGCCUGGCUAUCAUCAGCGGCCUCCUCAUCUACCCCGAGGGUCCCCUCAGCCUGGAGCGCGGCCCCGAGCAGAUGUCGCGGGUUUUCAGCCCCUUCUACAACCUCCUGAAGAAGAUCAGGGACCUGCUGCGGGUGCUGUCAGCGGAGGAGCUCUGCCUGCUGGAGAGGAGCCUGUGCGCAGCCGAAUCAGAGGAUCCCUGCAGUCCGGCCACCCCUCCGACCUGGGGGGCAGCCAUGCCUGGAGCAGGUCCCCCUGCUCCGUGGGGUCUCCUGGAGGCCCCGCACACCACCCCCCCACCCCACACCUGCACGGGGCGGUUGGGCCCCCCCAGUGCCGUGGAGAGCCCAGAUUUUUCGUGCCACCCCGUGGGUGACCAUCGCCUCCCCCCGUACAGCCCCCAGCCCCCCAGAAGUAGCCCAGGGCCACGGCUCGAGGCCCCACCGGGUGCCCGCUGGUCGGAGCUGCGCUCCCACUACAGCAGCACCAAGGACAUGCUGCACACCCUCUUCGUCUGCAUCUCAGGGGUGGCCGAUCAGCUCCAGACCAACUUCGCCAGCGACCUGCGGAGCAUCUUGAAAACGGUCUUCAAGAUCGUUGCCUCGCAGGGGGACCCCUCAGAGGAUUUGGGCACCAGCAAAGAAGAGGACGGCGAGCUGCACGUGGGUGACGCACCCCGAGUAGCCGACUGCCCCCUGUGCCACAGCCCCACGGAGGGAGCCGGGCUCCGGAGGGCAGGAGCCCACGGCCGGCCGGAGUGGGUGCCGGACAGCACGUGCAGCCAGUGCUGUGCCUGCCGCGCGCCCUUCACCCUGCUGCGCCGACGGCACCACUGCCGCAGCUGCGGGAAGAUCUUCUGCGCCCGCUGCUCGCCGCACACCGCCGCGCUGCCGCACUACGGCCAGCCGAAACCCGUGCGUGUCUGCACGCACUGCUACGCCGUGCACCUCUCGCCCGCGCCACGGCGCUCCCGGAGCCGGUGAGGCCCCCCCCGGCUGCAAGACCUGGCUCCGUAGGAGGACGCAGGA